UGUAAAGCUACUCUGCUCUUUAAAUAAAUAAAAGAAAAAAGGGACAGAGCUCGAAUCGAUGGCAUCUUCUUCUUCUUGUUCUUCUUCUUUACUUACACCAACUGUAAUAAAUUCGUCCCCAUUGUGCCCCAAAUUAUUUUCCAAAUUCCCAUGUUUUCCAUCGCUAUCUUUCGCUCACACCAUCAAGAAGAGGCACAGUGUUCGUAGUCUGACUAUAAAGUCUCAAGCUUUAGACUUUUCUGGAUCAUUUUAUGAGGGUUCUGGGUUCGGUUCGGAGGAAGACCCACCGACGCUAACUGGGUCGGGUAUGACCGCUGUCGAGGACAAGGAGCCGCCACAAUGUCCACCUGGGCUCCGACAGUACGAGACUAUGGCGGUUUUGAGACCAGAUAUGUCUGAAGAUGAACGGCUUGCGCUUACCCAGAAGUACGAGGAGUUGCUUGUUGCUGGAGGUGGCAUGUAUGUGGAAGUAUUCAACAGAGGUGUCAUUCCGUUAGCCUACAGCAUCAAGAAGAAAAAUAAAGCAGGAGAGACUAAUACUUAUCUGGACGGCAUCUAUCUCCUAUUCACCUACUUCACGAAACCCGAGUCCAUUGAAAUGCUUGAGGCAACUUUAAAUACAGAUGAUGAUAUCAUCCGAUCAUCCAGUUUCAAGAUAAGAAAGAGGAAGUUUUGAAAUUGUUUGCUUUCUCAAUCUUUUGUGCAGCCCUGAGAGGAAAGAUUGUUAUUAGGAGAAGAAUUAUAGUGGCUACGGGAUCUUGUAUGCUUAUGGAUCUUCUUGCUUCCUAAUCAUCAUUUUUUUUUUUUUGUAAGAUAAUGAGAUCAGCAAUGAUACUAGCGAAAGAUUAUGCAAGAAGUAUGCUGUCAUUGGGAAUAUUGUCUUGCAUUGGAAUGCAAUUGAAAUCUCACAUCUUCAUGUUUCAGCCA